GAGAGACAAAGAGAGGAAUAGAAAGGAAAAGAGAGAGAGAGAGAGAGAGAGAGAGAAAUAGAAAAUUAAAAAGGAUUGAAUGAGCGUUCAACAAGAGAAUCCCGCAUUUGCAACAAUAGACAAACUCAAUGUCAUUUACGAAGCUGGUCUCGAUGGCCAAGGUAGGCCGGUGAUUGUUCUUUGCGCAUGCCAACUACCAAAUCCAGAUGUGAUGGACUAUGAUACUGUAUUGGCGCAUGUCCUGACCAAACUAGAUACUUUAACGGAAUCUGAGUAUGUGCUUGCCUUCUUUGCUUCACCUGCUUACUAUCGGCCUUCUUGGAUGUGGCUACUAAAGGUGUAUCGAGCCCUUGAUCGAAAGUACAAGAAGAACCUAAAAGCAUUGUAUGUCGUUCAUUUGGAAGGUGCCUUUCGUUACAUCUUUGACUUUGCUAAUCGACUGAUGAGUCCAAAGUUUGCAGAGAAGCUAUUCUACAUUUCCCAUCUGGAGAACCUUGACCCUAUCCUACCCCUCAGAAAUUUGAAUUUGCCUCAACCAGUCAUUGAUUAUGAGUUACAGCUUCCGUCUGUAAACGCCUCGUCUUCGACUGCAACUGUGGAUAAACGUAGAGGAACGACUGGGUUUGGCUCAACCGGAAAGUAUGGUACUAGACGCAACACAACAGAGGUAGCUAUGGCGUUUGGGAGGACCCUUGACGAUCUUGCAGAGAUCGACAGGAUAACGGGUGUUAAUAUCGGAGAAGACUAUAUACCGCCUGUGUUAUGUUUAAUGAUUGAGCAUUUAAGACAACAUGGCAUGGAUCAAGAGGGGAUUUUCCGCAAGUCUCCGUCAAGUGUUGAGUUUAAACAAGUGAAACAUGCCCUGAACAAGCGUAUACCGGUGGAUCUCAAGAAUUACGAUAUACACAUAUCUUCAAACCUUGUAAAGACAUUUGUAAAGGAGUUGCCGGUGCCGCUACUGACAUCAAGAGAUGUCCAUUGUUUGGAUAAAGCUACGGUUAGGCAAGAACGGGUGGGACAGAUGCAAGGAGUUAUUAGCCGUUUGCCUCGAUAUGAACGCAAUGUGCUACAAUACGUCCUUUGCUUUCUUGGUGAAGUAGCCGAUCAUUCAGACGUCAAUAGCAUGACCAUCAAUAACUUGGCUAUUCUGUUUGCGCCUAACCUUAUUCAUCAUCAACCAGCUUCUGCCACCGACCAAUUCACCACUCAGGAAGAGGCUCUUAAACGCGCUAAUAUAUAUUUGACUGAAUUACAGAAUAGUAUCGACUGUUUGCAGUGGAUGAUCCUCGAACACAGAGCAUUAUUCUCUACUGACAAAAGCUUAAAUAAAUAAAAUAAUAUAUAUAUAUAUAUAUAAAAAACACGUCUUGCUUUGUACAAU